AAUUCAGUAUCGUUCUGUGUAUUAUUCAAACAUCUUCAUAAUUUUGUUUUGCAGAUCAAGAAUGGAAUAUAAAAUUGACAAAGCUGCUCAAACAAGAGCGAAUCUUAGUUGUUUAGAAAGAAUAGCAAACUAUAAGCCACGACAAGGAUAUUGCAAUGUGACAUGGGAUGAACUAUUAUGUUGGGAUGCUACUGCAGCUGGAAGGUUCGCUAGGCAGAAAUGUCCAUCAUAUGUUUCAGGCAUUAGCAAAACUGGAUUUGCUUUCCGAGAGUGUGAUAAAGAUGGAUUAUGGGUGCAUCCUUUCUCUGAAACUAAUGAAUCAACGGGAUGGACAAAUUACACCUAUUGUUUUAUGGAAGAUCCAGAGUACGCAGCAAUUACGCAUGACCUGACACGAAUUAACCUGAUGUCAAAUGUAGGAUACGGUAUUUCCUUGGUUUCUUUGGUUAUAGCAGUGCUCAUAAUGUGUCUUUCUCGGAGACUACAUUGUAAAAGUAACAGCCUACAUAUCAACCUAUUUAUAGCAUUUAUUCUGCGUGCAGUUCUUUCUCUUCUAAAGGAUGUCCUUUUUGUAUCAGGGCUUGGAUUGCAUAAAGAUGUCAAACAAAUUUCCCAUGACAAAUGGGAGUUUAUAGAGGAAGGAAUGCACUGGGAAUGUAAACUUAUUGUGUCUCUGUUUAUGUAUGCAGUCGCUGCAAGUAUGAUGUGGAUUUUCAUGGAGGGUUUAUACCUUCAUAUGCUUGUUUACAAAACGUUGUUUACUGAACGAACUGGUAUUCGAAUGUAUGUUGUUAUAGGAUGGCUGUCGCCGUUUGUAUACAUAAUUCCUUGGAUAUUUGUCAGGAUAUUUGCCGACGACACUCUGUGCUGGAACACAGACGAUUUUGGAUACAUUUGGAUAAUCAGAAGUCCAAUAAUAUUAACAAUUUGUAUAAACUUUGUGUUUUUCAUCAACAUUGUGAGGGUGUUAUGUUUGAGGAUGAAAAAUCACAGAAAUGUUAAAGGAAAUAAUCAACAAGUUAGAAGGCUUGCGAAAUUUUCAUUGGUUUUGAUCCCGCUGUUUGGUGUGUUGUACAUAGGGACAUCAGCAUAUCCAACGGGCGUUGAUGUAAAAGCAGACAUGAUUUACCUUUACUGUGAAAUGUUUUAUAACUCAUUCCAGGGAUUUCUUCUAGCGGUGUUAUUCUGCUUUUUGAAUGAAGAGGUGCACAAUGAGAUACGCCGGUGCUGGUAUCGCCACCGACAGCAAGAUAAUGUUUUCACGCGCACCUUCACGCUAUCCUCCUACAGAAAAGGAUCGUGCUUGUCGCAUUCCUCUAGUGCCCAGGCAAAUAUAAGAGGAACUAAAAAGCUUCUUUCAGACAGGCAAUUCAAAGACAAUAUGGAUGAGACAUCGAAAUUUACAGCGUUAAAUAGAGGAACGGCAAGUACGAGUUUGAAUGGUUCCGAAUAUGGCAGGACAAACAGAUAUGACAUGGCAAGCGACACAGAUCAAAUACGACCACUUAUGGAUUAAAUUGUCUUCAUGAAUGUGAUAGCUCGAAUUUUUAUGCUCGUCAAAAAACCUUUCUGACCAAACACAUUUGACUUCGCAUAAAUACAGUGACAAUACUGGUACAUAUAUUUACGUUUUUUGAUAAUUAAAACUACAACUUGGAAAUGCAACAAAAUAAAUCAAAUGACAGUUCAUCAUGCUGGUUUUAUUCUAUAUACAUCAUUUUGAUAGCUUUCUUUUCUGCAUGAAAUUUCUUAAAGUACAUUGUUAACAAAAGCAUCGCAAAAUUAGUUAUAUUUUUCACAUGAGGGACUAUUAUUAUUGUCAUUUACAAUACUUUGCUACCCUACCAAGAUUUGAUAGUAAAUUACAAGGGUAAUGACGUAAUAAAAUAAUGUAAUUCAAUGUAAAUAUUCUUCAUAAUUAUAUAAAAAGUGAAUAAAAAGAGUAAUUAAUUGUUC